AGCACAGCACCCUCUUUCAAUUUAGUCUGUUCUUGGUUUUCUCCAUAACAUGCCAGGCGGCAACCCUCCCAAAACCCCUCACUCCUUCCCUCCCCACUCCCACCACCGCAAAUCCCGCUGGGAAAACUCCUCGUCCGCGUCCACCUCCGCCUCCGCUAAAGCCGAGCACAAACCUCCCCCCAACACCACCACUACCCCGAACAAUAGAGAUUCCAACAGCAAACUCCCAGCCACAAAGCCCAGACCGAGGCCGGAAAACCCAUCUCCAAGACCUGAAAAUCCCAACUUCAUUUCUGCGCUAAGGCCCGCGUUCCCUUUCACCGAUCCGCCGCCGCCCCCAUCUUAUGGAUUCCAUAUGCUCGACCGCCGGAGUAUAGUCCUUGCAGAUGGCUCCGUGCGAUCUUACUUCGCUCUGCCCCCGGAUUAUGAGAAUUUUACACAUAUGCCUCGGCCUGGUUUCCGGCCCGAAUUCCUUGGCCCGCGUGAUUUUGGGCUUGAUAGACCCCCCAUCCCAAUGAGCCCCGACUUUCUCGGCCGUGAUGCUAGGACCCGGAUUCCGGAUCACUGGAAUGCGGGCCCCGAGAAUUCAUUAAAACGAAAGUUUGGGGAGGAUGAGAGGGGAGGGAGGGAUGAUGGGUUUGAGAGGCAAAGGCAACAGCUUUUGCAGUAUGGAAAUGCGAACGGGCCGGGGCCAAGUGCUGGGUAUAAUUUGGGGAGAGGAGAAAUGAGAGCCCCUAAGAACAUGAGGCUUCUUGAGGGGAGUGCGAGCAAGCUUAAGCAUAAUGAGGUUGACCAGAAUGCUUCGAAGAAGGCAUUUUUACAUUUCGUGAAGUUGGUCUUUGAGACUGCAAAUCAGAGAAAGAAUUAUUUGGCGGAUGGGAAACAAGGACCUCUGCCAUGCCUGGCAUGCGGCAGGUAUUCAAAAGAUUUUCCAGACACACACAGUCUUAUCAUGCAUGCAUACAACUCAGACAGUGCAGACUCAAUUGUGGAUCACCUGGCCUUUCAUAAGGCUUUGUGCAUUCUGAUGGGUUGGAACUAUUUGACGCCCCCUGAUAACUCAAAAGCCUAUCAGAAUUUUUCUGCCGAUGAUGCAGAAGCCAACCAAGAUGAUCUGAUUAUGUGGCCACCUUCUGUUUUAAUUCAUAAUACUAUCACAGGAAAAGGUAGAGAUGGUCGUAUGGAAGGUAUAGGAAACAGAGCAAUGGAUAGUAUGCUUAGAGAUCUUGGAUUUACUAGUGGCAAGUCGAUGUCCUUGUACUCAAGAGAAGGUCAUCUGGGCAUUCAUACGGUAAAAUUCUCAGGCGACGAGUCAGGGCUGAAGGAGGCCCUGAGGCUGGCUGAUUAUUUCGAGAGGGAGAAACGCGGGCGAGAGUCUUGGGCGCGCAUGCAACCCGUAACACCUGGUAAGGAUGAUGAGAACAACCCAAACCUAGUGAGAUUGGAUGCCAAGUCGGGAGAGAAGAAGAGGGUAUUCUACGGUCAUCUAGCAACUGUUGCGGAUCUAGAUAAGGUAACUUUUGAGAUCAAGAAGAAGGUAUCAAUUGUGAGCAUAAGGGAUUUGAAGCAGCAAUCUAAAUGACCUUUCAACAAACAAACACAUGGACAGCUUAUUAUGAGUUGGUUUAAUGAUGGGGAAAUUGAGAGGAUACAAGAAUUGCUUGCUUGUGAUUCAGUGGGGCUCGCUUUUGUUAUGAGUAAAAUUAGUGGUAAUAGAAUGAAAGGGUUGUGAAUGCAGCAGCAGAGAAAUAUGUGUAGUGUGUUCUGAGGGGUUGGGAUAUGUAAUUAUCUUUUUGCUGAACAUGAAUUUUUGUUUAAAUGAAAUAGUGAUAUAAAGAUGAUGAAUUGAAGGCA